GGUCUGAAGCAACGCUUUACGUCACUCUCUUCGCUUUACGUCUCAAAAGUUUUGGGCAUCUAUUUGGGAAGCAGCGUGUGUACGACGAACGGCAUUUAAACGCUCUGUCAACCCACCAAGAUGCCAGCACACGUCAUAAGUGGGAAGGAGGUUUCGGCGCAGGUGAGGGAGAACUUGAAGAAGGAUGUUGAGCAGAUGAAGCUUCAGGACCCCAACUUCCAACCUGGUCUUGUGAUUUUACAGGUUGGAGAUCGUGAUGAUUCCAAUCUCUAUAUUGGCAUGAAACUGAAAGCUGCAUCUGAGAUUGGAAUAAAUGCCACACACUUGAAACUUCCCCGCACUGCAACUGAGGAAGAGAUUCUUCACAGUAUCACAGAGGUGAAUGAGAAUUCUUCUGUCCACGGGCUCAUCGUCCAGUUGCCCUUAGACUCAGGCCACAAGAUCGACACAGAGAUGGUGACUAACGCUGUGGCACCAGAGAAGGAUGUAGAUGGGCUUACAAGCAUAAGUGCUGGAAAGCUGUCUCGUGGAGACCUGAAGGACUGCUUCAUCCCUUGCACUCCAAAUGGCUGUAUGGAACUGAUCAGACAGACUGGUGUGUCAGUGGCAGGGAAACGAGCCGUCGUGAUUGGUCGUAGCAAGAUUGUAGGCGCGCCAAUGCAUGACCUUCUGCUGUGGAACCACGCCACCGUCACCACAUGUCAUUCCAAAACUGUGGAAUUGGCUGAAGAGGUUGGCAAGGCAGACAUCCUCGUUGUUGGCAUUGGGAAAGCAGAGAUGGUGAAAGGAGAAUGGAUCAAGAAAGGAGCAGUAGUCAUAGAUUGUGGCAUCAAUCUCAUUCCAGAUGAGAGCAAACCCAGUGGCAAGCGGGUUGUGGGUGACGUACACUACAGCUCGGCCAAAGAGCAAGCAAGCUUCAUCACGCCAGUGCCUGGAGGUGUGGGACCCAUGACAGUGGCUAUGCUGAUGGCGAACACAGUGCUGAGUGCAAAGCGUUUCUUGGAGAGACAUCAACCAGGGAGGUGGAGUAUUUCUUAUACCAAACUCAAGCUCCAGAAACCCGUGCCAAGCGACAUUGUGAUUUCUCGCUCGUGUGUGCCAAAGCCUAUUGACCAUCUAGCAAGAGAAGUGGGUCUGCUCUCGGAUGAGGUCGACCUAUAUGGUAGAACCAAGGCCAAGGUGCAACUGAGAAUCAUCAAACGACUGCAGGCACAACCGAACGGCAAAUAUGUGGUGGUCACUGGUAUUACACCGACUCCAUUGGGGGAGGGAAAGAGCACCACCACCAUUGGUCUGGUCCAAGCACUUGGCGCCCACAUGAAGCUAAAUGUUUUUGCUAACGUCCGUCAGCCUUCGCAAGGACCCACGUUUGGCAUUAAAGGUGGUGCUGCAGGAGGGGGAUAUUCUCAAGUCAUACCAAUGGAAGAGUUCAACCUCCAUCUCACUGGGGACAUUCAUGCGAUCACAGCGUCCAACAACUUGGUGGCUGCUGCCAUUGAUGCCCGCAUGUUCCAUGAGGCCACGCAAAGUGACAAGGCUCUGUACAAUCGCUUGGUCCCCCUCAGUGGAGGACAGAGGAAGUUCUCCGCGGUCCAGAUCAACAGACUAAAGAAACUAGGCAUCGACAAAAAGGAUCCCACCACUCUGACUGAGGAUGAGAUCACCCGCUUUGCCCGUUUGGACAUUGACCCUAGCUCAGUGACAUGGCAGCGAGUACUAGAUACCAAUGAUCGAUUCCUCCGGAAGAUCACAAUUGGACAGUCGCCGACUGAAAAGGGCUAUACAAGAGAGGCCCAGUUUGACAUCACAGUGGCCAGUGAAAUCAUGGCAGUGCUCGCCCUCACCAGCAGCCUGGAGGACAUGCGUGAGCGGCUAGCCAAAAUGGUGGUGGCCACCAGCCGUGGUGGACAGCCCAUCACCACCGAAGACCUGGGUGUGUGUGGUGCCUUAACUGUGCUAAUGAAAGAUGCCAUCAAGCCAAAUCUCAUGCAGACUUUGGAGGGAACCCCUGUGUUUGUCCACGCGGGCCCUUUUGCCAACAUCGCCCACGGCAACUCCUCCAUCUUGGCUGAUAAAAUUGCUUUGAAACUGGUUGGACCAGAGGGCUUUGUUGUAACAGAGGCUGGCUUUGGUGCUGACAUUGGGAUGGAGAAGUUCUUCAACAUCAAGUGUCGAUACUCCGGCCUGAGACCCCAUGUGGUGGUUUUGGUGGCCACUGUCCGAGCCCUCAAGAUGCACGGCGGAGGUCCGACGGUUACUGCCGGGAUGCCGCUACCAAAGGAAUAUAUUGAGGAGAACCUUGAGCUGCUGGAGAAAGGCUGCAGCAACAUGCGAAAACAGAUCGAGAAUGCCAAACACUUUGGUGUGCCUGUGGUGGUGGCUGUCAAUGCUUUCAAGACUGACACGGAUCCGGAGCUGGACCUGGUCUGCAACAUGGCCAGAGGUGCUGGGGCCUUUGACGCCGUGCGUUGCAACCACUGGGCUGAGGGUGGAGCGGGUGCACUCGCUCUGGGGAAGGCUGUCCAGAAGGCCUCGGAGGCCCCGAGCAGCUUCAAGUUCCUCUACGACUUGGAGCUUCCUAUUGCUGAAAAGAUCCGAAUAGUCGCCCAGAAGAUCUACGGAGCAGAUGAUAUUGAACUUCUCCCAGAGGCCCAGCACAAAGUGGAGCGCUACACCAAACAGGGUUUUGGCAACCUCCCAGUCUGCAUGGCAAAGACUCACCUGUCGCUGUCCCACGAGGCAGACAAGAAGGGUGUGCCCACAGGUUUCAUUGUGCCAAUCAGAGAUAUUCGAGCAAGUGUAGGCGCAGGCUUCCUGUUCCCGCUUGUUGGCACGAUGCCCACAAUCCCUGGCCUGCCCACCAGGCCGUGUUUCUAUGACAUUGACUUAGAUCCUGAGACUGAACAGGUCAACGGACUCUUCUGAGCUUUUUUACUGGAUGCUGGUAAGAAAAUGUCCCGCAGAUAUUAAUCAUACAGCACUGUGCAAAGUUCUUCGGCCACCACCAGUUUUGUUGUUGUUUUACUGACCUUUUUUCGCAGCAGUGUUUUGAUAGCAAAACAGUAAGUACCCCCCCGGAAUCAUAAAGGCACCGCUCAUCUAGGACCAGCAAGUAACCUGAUAACAGCUGGACAAACACAAAAAAAAUCUCCACGAUUGUUUUCACUUUUGUUAACUCCAGCCUUGGCCGAUGUCUUGUCUGUGCUCUACUGACUGACAUUCUAGAUAUUACUCUCUGUAUGUUAAUUAUAGCAUUGCUUGGACUGAGACUUAUGCACAGUACUGCAUUUAGGACUUGUAAGCAAUGUGAUGAAUGACCUGAUCUUUUCUUUUUUUUCUUCUCCUCAGUUCACCAAAGUGGUGCACUGCUAACGCAUACUAUACCUUUGCCUGGCUACUGAACCUUUACGUACUUUGAAAUUGGUAAUAAACCAUUUUUUAAAUAAACUCCCUCAGGUUAUCAUAUUAGUGAUAAAUACUGUCUCCUUCUCUAUAAUAGAAACAGUUCUUGGAUACCCUCACUUUUUGGAAAAACAUUCCAUCGCAUUUCAAGGAGAAAAAAAAGAAUGCCUAUAUUUUUUAAUUGCCCUGAUUAAGUAUUUCUAAGAUUGUAUCGCAGUGCCCAAACUGAUGAAUCAGACAAUUCUGCACUAAUAAACCAUUUUUAUCAAAAAUA